AUGAAGGAGAAAGAAAUCACAGGCCAGAGGGAGGAUGUGGGCAAGCGGUUGAUAGUAAAACAGGCAAGAUGGAGGGACAGUCCGGGGGUCCGGGGGUCCGGGGGUCCGGGGGCGGUGGUCAGGACGGAGCGGUUGGCGGCCCCGGGCCCCCGGAGGGGCGGGCGGGGAGCCCGGGGGGCCCGGGGGGCCCGGAGGGCCGGGGGGCCCAUGGACCCGGGGGAGGUCAAGGACCGCAUCCUGGACAACAUCUCCCUGGCCGUCAAGAAGUUGCAGAGUUACUUUGCGGCCUGUGAGGAUGAGACCCCGGCCAUUCGCAACCAUGACAAGGUCCUGCAGCGCCUAUGCGAACAUCUGGACCAUGCUCUGCUCUAUGGGCUACAGGAUCUUUCUUCAGGCUACUGGGUAUUGGUGGUGCAUUUCACUCGGAGAGAAGCCAUUCGACAGAUCGAAGUGCUGCAGCACGUGGCGACCAACCUGGGACGCAGUCGGGCCUGGCUGUACCUCGCUCUCAAUGAGAACUCCCUGGAGAGUUACCUGAGGCUGUUUCAGGAAAACUCGAGUUUGCUGCAUAAAUACUACGUCAAGAAUGCCCUGGUCUGCAGCCAUGAUCACCUGACUCUCUUCCUGACUCUGGUAUCUGGGCUGGAGUUCAUUCGGUUUGACCUGGAUCUGGAUGCACCUUACUUAGAUUUGGCCCCCUACAUGCCCGACUACUACAAACCUCAGUACCUGCUGGAUUUCGAAGACCGCCUGCCCAGCUCAGUCCACGGCUCGGACAGCUUGUCUCUCAACUCCUUCAACUCCGUCACCUCCACGAACCUGGAGUGGGAUGACAGUGCCAUCGCCCCGUCCAGUGAGGAUUAUGAUUUUGGAGAUGUGUUUCCAGCAUUGCCGUCUGUACCCAGCACAGACUGGGAAGAUGGAGACCUCACUGACACCAUCAGCUGCCCCCACUCCACCGCCUCCGACUUGACCAGCAACAAAGCUUCCUUGAAGAGCCCCACUCAGCGCUACAACCCUUUCAACGAGGACCGAGCAGAGACGGUGUCCUCCUCCGAUACCACUCCCGUGCACGCCACUUCCCAGGAGAAGGAAGAGACCACAGGGCUGGAGCCUUCAGAAACCUGCACAGAGCUUGAAGUCAUCAGGGUCACCAAGAAGAAGAAAACGGGCAAGAAGAAAAAGGCCAAAUCCGAAGAGGAGCCAAAUGCCCUUCACCCCCCCUCCGCCCACCAGCCCGGUUCCCAUCAUGGGGACGGGGACAACAGUGCCAACGAAGCGGGGCUCGGGGCCGACCCGCCAGGCCCCAGGCCUUCCUCACCCCGGGAUGGGGGCGAGGGGCAGGGCGGCACGGCCAAGAGCAGCGAGCGCUCAGACCUGAGCCAGAUGGGCCUGCGGAUCCCUGAGAUGAAGGACACGUCCAUGGAGAGCGUGGGACAGCCAUUGAGCAAAGUGAUUGACCAGCUGAACGGGCAACUGGAUCCCAGGGGCUGGCAACCCCCCGUCGAACCCCCGGACCAGUCCUUUCGGACCCGCUCUCCAGGGGAGACCCCGGAGGGACCAGCACUUUGCGACUUUAGUGAGGGGAUUCCGGCCCCGAUGGACUUCUACCGCUUUACCGUCGAGAGUCCAAACGCUGCUACAGCAGGUGGUGGCGACCAUGACCCUGCAGGGCCUGGCCAACCGCUAUAUGUUUCUGGUGGCCCUGAGGCUGCUGGCCAAGAAGAGGAAGGAGGAGGAGGAAGGGGAGCAGAAGAGGGGCAAGCACCUGGGCCUGUAGAGGCCUCGCCACCAGGGUCUGAGAAUCAGGAGGUCCAAGCCAAGCUGGAGUUGGCCGCCGUGAGCCGAGCCGACGAGCCCGAAGGGGGGACUGGGGAGGCCGUCUGCCGAUUCAAGAGGGACCAGCCCAGCCCUUGCCUGAGCAGCGCUGAGGACUCUGGAGUGGAUGAGGGGCAAGGGAGCCCCUCUGAAAUGAUCCACCCGUCGGAGUUCAGGGUGGACAACAAUCACUUGCUCCUGCUGAUGAUCCACGUGUUCCGUGAGAACGAAGAGCAGCUAUUCCGGAUGAUCCGGAUGAGCACCGGCCACAUGGAAGGGAACCUCCAGCUGCUGUACGUGCUGCUGACCGACUGCUAUAUCUAUCUGCUCCGGAAAGGAGCCACAGAGAAGCCAUACAUGGUGGAAGAAGCCGUGUCCUACAAUGAACUUGACUACAUCUCGGUUGGCCUGGACCAGCAGACAAUCACCCUAGUUUGUACCAACCGGAGGAAACAGUUUCUGCUCGACACUGCUGACGUGGCCCUCGCAGAGUUUUUCUUGGUCUCUCUGAAGUCGGCCAUGAUUAAAGGCUGCCGCGAGCCACCCUACCCCAGCAUCCUGACUGACGCCACCAUGGAGAAACUCGCUCUGGCCAAGUUUGUGGCACAGGAAUCCAAAUGUGAGGCUCCAGCCGUCACCGUGCGGUUCUAUGGCCUCGUGCACUGGGAAGAUCCGUUGGACGAGGCUCUGGGCCCCGUCCCCUGCCACUACUCAUCCAUCGAGAACUCCAUCACCAAAGAAGGGAUCCUGAACUACAAGGCUGGCACGUCAUACCUGGGCAAGGAGCAUUGGAAGACCUGCUUCGUGGUGCUCAGCAACGGAAUCCUGUAUCAGUACCCAGAUCGCACCGAUGUCAUCCCUCUGCUCUCCGUUAACAUGGGGGGGGAGCAGUGUGGCGGCUGCCGGAGGUCCAACAGCACCGACCGACCCCACGCCUUCCAGGUGAUCCUCACGGACCGGCCGUCCCUGGAGCUGAGCGCCGACAACGAGGCCGAGAUGGCCGACUGGAUGCAGUACUUCUGCCAGGCCGUCUCCAAAGGGGUGAUCCCCCAGGGCCUGGCCCCCAGCCCCUGCAUCCCCUGCUGCCUGGUGAUCACGGACGACAGGCUGUUUACAUGCCAUGAGGACUGCCAGACCAGCUUCUUCCGCUCCCUGGGGACCAUGGAGCUGGCUGACAUCACGGGUGUGGCCACCGAGCCUGGCAAGGAGUACUGCAUCGUGGAGUUUGCCCAGGACCGCAAGCAGUUCCUCCCACCUUGGGUCAUCUAUCUGAGUUGCACCACGGAACUGGACCGGCUCCUCUCGGCCCUGAGUGCUGGGUGGAAAGCCCUCUACCAGGUGGACCUUCCGCACAAGGCAGUCCAGGAGGCCUCCUGCAAGAAGAAGUGCGAGGACGCCUUAAGCCUCAUCCACAGCGCCUGGCAGCGCAGCGACAGCCUGUGCCGCGGCCGGGCCUCUCGGGACCCCUGGUGCUGAAGCCGGAACCGGACCGGCCUGGAGGGAGCAUGCAGCGGGGCGGGAACGGCGCGGCAUCAAGCACAAGAAGUCAGCCCUGUCUCCCGAUGCUGCUGUUCCCAGGCUCCUGCCCGCCGCCCCCCUCCAGCUCCCGGCCCUCCGCUUCCCGGAGUAGACGGCGUUGCCUCUUCUUGCAGAGAGGGCUGGGCCCUGGCCAUGGGCAUGGGCUCUAGGGGGCCCAGAUCCCAGCACCUCCUUCCCUCCCUGGAGCACUUUGGCAUGGGGAAAUGGGAGAGAGCGGGCAUCAGUCAUGAGGGGUGGGGGAGGGAGGAAAGGGAGGAGUUUGAGGCCCAGGGCUCCUGUGGACUAGGUUCCCUCUCCCCAGGGCCACAUGGCCUCGUUAGGGCAACGUAAUCUCUUAUUAAUAAUAAUAAAAAUAAUAUAUAAUGGGGGGAAAAGCCAGGGGUGGGAGCCUGGGAGAGGGUCCCUUCUACCACCCUUCUGGGGUUCAGGCAGAAGGUCAGAGGGCACCAUGGGGGUCCCCUGAGAGCCUGGCCAACCUAGUUCAUUUUUGAACACUUAGCUUGUAAAUGUGGUGAGACUGGAACACUAAGUCGCUUGCGUGCAUGUUUUCUUCUCGCUAACUCCAUCCCAGAGUGCACCCCCGCUGCCGGCCCGCCUGCCAUUCCGCGGUUGUAACUUUCCGGGCAGGACGGGGCUCCCCUUCCCGCCUCUCCGCUGGCUGCCCUUCCCACCUCUCCCCUGGCUGCCUCCGAGGGUCCCAGCAUGCCCCCCCCGCAGCCACCUGUGGGCACAGCCGCCAGCCUGUGGAGUUCAUCCCAGCGGGACCCGGGAAGAGGUGGCAGGGGAUGAGGGGAGACCAUCAGCUCUUUACUGGGCGCCUAAAUCCGCCACCAUAGGGAGAGGCUGGAAGGAACGGGGGGGAGGCGGCCGGGAAGCAGAGGGAAACGCCAAUUGCGCGUGGCUUCAGCUACACCAUGCCGCUCGCUCCCUCCUGACGGCGGAAGCCAAUCCCCUCUAAUGGGAGCUUUGUAAAGGAACAGCCUUGGCCCUCCAAGGGAGGGGUUUGGUUUUGUUUUUUUUAAAUAAAAUAGAGAUGUUAUAUUGCA